AGUUUAACCGAUGUAUCUUGCAACCCCGUAACAAGUCCUCCUUGCUGUCAUUACGUUGUGCGUCACAGUCAGUGUGUGGAGCGUUGUGUUGUGAUGCGCGAACCGCGAGGAAGGACGCCGCAGCCUUGGUGACCAGUGCUCAGUUGUUUUGUCACUCGGAGUGACACGGGCGUUCGCUCACUACUGCUCAAUGCUCAUGCAUGCGAGUGCGGAGCCGGCAAGAUGCGGUGGCGGGCGCGCGCGGCCCCUUCCCGCGCCAAAGAGCGCGCCAAUAUCAGCUUCUUCAUAUUUAUCAUGUUUUUCGCUGUCUUCGGUGUAAUAAUAUUGACUGAACUGCUCUUAUUAGAACGACCUCCGACAAAUUCACCGCGCUCGCGAUAUAUUGAAAACCUACAGGGGUGGGAAGGGCGCACUGAAAAUGGUGGGGAAGGAGCAGAGCCGCCGCCGCCUGCGCACGCUCCGCUGGACGCAGUUUGGCAGCCAGUUGCGGGUACCAGGUUUAGAUUUUACGUGUAUUCGGCCUAUGUGGAAAGGCGGACGGUGGCAGCGAUCCGUGUCAUUGCCGCAACGAAAACCCGCGGCGCGGACGCUGUCGUGUGCCGCAUCUGGCUGCCAGACAACCGCACACUCACGCUUAAAGCUAGAGUCAAGCCAAUCCGCGAGAACUGGAAUUUGAAAUACAGCGCCACGUACGUCCUCUGUUUACUACGUGAUACGGGGGUGAAACCCCAGGAGACUGUGGGUGCAUCUAUAUCGGUAGUGGCGGCCGUGUCGCCCAACCGUGCGCCCACUAACCUGUUAACGGUGCUCGACACGGAGCCAAGGAGCGGCAUCGAGGAAACCCUUCACGUAUGCGUCAAACCUUUCCACUUCUCGUACUCGCGGGACGAGUGGCUCAUGGAAUGGUUUGAGCUCAACCGUCUCCUUGGAGCUAGUCACUUCUAUAUGUACAAUGAGUCUUUGAGCGCGCCGGUCGCUUGUCUCCUCGACCACUAUAGGAAACAAGGCCUGGUCACGCUGUUGCCAUGGAAACUGCCUAUCGUCUCCAAAAUUGAAAUCAGGACAGAGGGCCAGUUCGCAGCGUUCAACGAUUGUCUGUACCGCUCCAUGUCAACCGCCGGUUGGCUGCUGGUGAUAGACGUGGACGAAGUGAUCCUGCCGCGGCGCGAGCGCACGCUGGUCGCGCUGCUCACGGCGCUGCGCGCGGCGUACAACCCGCCCUCGAAAGCGCCAUCUGCCUUCUUGUUUAGGAAUGCGUUCUUUUAUCUGCGCUGGGAGGACGACGCGGAAGCGCCCGCGCCGCUGGUGACGGCGCGCAAGACGCGGCGCUGGGCGGCGCCGCACGCGCUCAAGAACCGCAGCAAGUACGCGCUGCGGCCGCGCGACGCGGUCGAGCUGGGGAACCACUUCCUGUGGGAGCUGGCGCCCGGGGCCAGCUCCGUGGGGGUGCCCACCGAGCGGGCCCUGCUGCAUCACUAUAGAAUCGCGUGCGAGUACGGCGGCAUGCAGUGCCUGACGGUGCCGUCGACGGUGGACCGCACGGCGCACCGCUGGGCCGACGACCUGAUGCAGCGCGUGGCCGCCGAGCGGGAGCUGCUCGCGCGCUCCUGCCCCGCCUGAGCCGCCUGAACCGCCUGAACCGCCUGAACCGCCACACACCAUAUCACGACUCCGGAUACCUUCUUAUUCGUAGUCUCACUAAUAGACAGGUAGGUAAAUCCGCUUUGUUAUCUCUGGUCUGGAUGUGUUUUUUUUGUUGCUUUCUUUUUGGAUUUUCGUGUCGUACCUUUGUGGUCUUUUGUAUUUGUAUGUGUAAUCAAUCAGUUUAUUUGAUGUCUGCACAGUUACGAUAUAUGAAUGAUUGUUUUACGAUUAUGUCACUCGUCUCGAGGUAUUUUUGAAGGAUGUUUACUGGAAUGUCAACAAAAUAUAUCAGUCCUUUUUAGAUGUAUUAUAUCAGAUUGUGUACAAAUUUUAGACGAGUGUACGUCUUGCUGGAUUUAAUUUUUGAAG